CACCUCAGAGCAAGUCGACAGAGACAUUUCAAAACAAUGACCGGCCUAUGUUAUGGAGACAAACGAGUCAGCCAGUAGUGGUCAUUCAGUUUUCAAGAGCCGACGAAGACGACGGCAGAGAAAUAAGUGUCGAAAAAUGCACCACAAAACAUUGCGUUACUACUUUUGAUUACAGCAAUUGCUGCGUGCCGGAUUUGGAUCAAGGCGAUAUUGGAACUGGUCUGUUUUCUAUUCUCUGGGAGGUGUAUUGCAUCGAAAACCGACAGAUGAGGAACAAGUAUCACGGAGAUGGACACUUCCGGGUGUUGGUUAUCCCAAUACUGCUGUGUAUCUUUGGGGGACAACGGCUAACAUGCGUUUCAGCCGAUGACACGUCUACCCGUGGCGAUUGGACCACUUCGCUGCCCUGUGCAUUGCGCAACUACCCGUCCGGAUCCGUCUGCGUCUGCAAUGUGACCUACUGUGACACGCUUGAAUUCGCGGAACCGGUAACCCAGGGCGAAUUUGUGCUGGUUUCGAGCGGCCGCAACGGGGAUCGCUUCCGAAUGGCUCGGGGCAAAUUGGUCAACAGCACAGCAAUUAAAGAAGUUCGAUUUUUGCCCGUGGUAAUGCGAGCUGGGCAGCAAAGGCAAAGGCGAGCUGCCUCCCGGGGUGUGCGGAUCGUAGUCGAUCACGAUCGGAAGUUCCAGACGGUGCUUGGGUUUGGUGGGGCUUUUACCGGGGCCGUUUCCUAUAAUUUGGAUUUGAUGAAACCGGAGCUGAGGAAGAGUUUGUACACGUCUUAUUACUCGAAGACGGCCGGGAUCGGGUACAAUUUUAUGCGGAUUCCGAUCGGAGGAUGCGAUUUUGAUUUGAAGCCGUGGGCUUACAAUGAAGAACCGGUAAACGAUGUUAAGUUGUCCAAUUUUACCCGGCUAGAUGACCGGGACCUUGCCAAGGUCGCUCAGAUUAAGGAAUUGAUUCAGGUCACCGAGAAUAGUGAUAUCAAAUUUAUGGGAGCAGCGUGGAGUCCGCCAAGGUGGAUGAAGUCGAACAAUGAUUGGAGUGGUAUCAAUCGUUUGAGACCAGAAUUUUAUCAGGCUUGGGCUGAUUAUCACAUCAAGUAUCUUGAAUUAAUGAAGGCGGCCGGAAUGGAUUACUGGGCUAUCUCCACAGGCAACGAACCGAUGAAUGCUGUUAUCGGAUUUCUGUUUAUUCGAUUUAUGAGUCUCGGCUGGAUUGCUUCCAAUCAGGGAAAAUGGGUCGGGGAGAAUCUCGGCCCAACGUUGAGUAACUCGGCCUUCAAAGAUGUCAAACUAUUUGCAGGCGACGAUCAGCGUUAUACAUUCCCCUGGUGGUUCAAUGAAAUGGACAAAGGGCAUCCGAAUGCUACCAAAUAUUUGGAUGGUCUAGCAGUGCAUUGGUAUUGGGAUGGAAUUACACCCGCUAGUCUGCUGGAUAAAACGGUGGAACAGUAUCCGGGUAAACUGCUGUUCAAUACCGAGGCGUCACUUGGCGAUAAACCCUUCGAUACGCAUGGACCGAUUCUGGGGUCUUGGGAUCGAGCCGAGUCCUACAUCAAGUACAUCUUGCAGGACCUACAGCACAGCGUCAACGGAUGGAUCGAUUGGAAUUUGUUGCUGAACGAAAUCGGUGGACCAAACUAUGCCAACAACUACGUGGAAACGGCUGUGGUCGUGAACAGCACCACCGGGGAGGAGUUCUACAAGCAACCGAUCUUCUACGGGUUGGGGCACUUUUCCCGGUUUAUUGCUGAGGGUUCGACACGAAUCGAAACGACCAGCAGCGAUUCCAGUAUCACCGUCGUUGGGUUCGAACGGCCCGAUGGCAGGACCACGCUGGUUUUCUACAACAAGAAAUCCAGUCCUUGCGAUGUCACCAUCCAGGACGCGACCCGAGGAACCACCCAGCUGCAGAUCGCCCCGAAAUCGGUACAUUCCAUCCUUUACGCCUAAUUGAGCCGAUGACAAAUCAUCGCAUUGUAGAUAGUAGUAAGAAGAAAAGGAAAUGCAAGACCAGAACAAAACAGACGAGCUCAACGAAAUCUGUAUGGCGUUAGCUAAGCGUGACCCGGCUGCACGUUGCUGUUUCAUACUUCCGUUCCGCGGAAGAAUUACUCGUCGUCGUCUUGCUUCAUGGUGCUCUGAUAACAUAGAGGGAUACGGCAAUCGAGUGUCCUCAAGGAAGCGCGAACGGCAAACCAAUCGACUAAUCCUAGUUAGUGUGGGAUAAUUUUGAGGUCCGUUGGCGUCGUUUGUUUAGGUUAGAAAAAUACUGAUUCAGCACGUUCACAUGUUGAGAGCGAUCGCAUUUCCGCUUUCGAUCAAAGUACAAACGCCCUCUUUUUUCAAUAUUUCCUUACAAGAAUUUGAAUGUAGUUUUUGUAAAUAAAUCUUAAAAAUUACUAUAAAAUC